AUGAGCCCAGCUCACAUCCAAAACUGUGAUCUUCAUGAGGGUGAUUGGGGGAAAGUUGGAUCUGUUAUCUUCUGGAACUACACCCAUGAUGGAAAGGAGAGGGUGGCAAAGGAGAUAAUAGAAGCAAUUGAUGAGGAGAAGAAGUCGGUGACCUUCAAGGUGAUUGAAGGUGAUCUUAUGGAGCUCUACGCAACCCUGAAGAUCAUUGUCCACGUGGACACCAGCGGGGAUGACAACCUGGUGACGUGGACUUUCGAGUACGAGAAAAAGAGUGAAGAUGUUGCAGAUCCGCAUACUCUCAUGGAGUUUUGCCUCAAAGUCACCAAGGAUAUCGAGGCACACCAUCUUCCUAAAGCCUAA